GGACGUGGCGUGAAGAGUUCAGCUUGUGCUGCGGUCGUGAGAAAAAAAAAACUAAGAUGGCGUCUCGUCAAGAAAGAUAGGAUGUCCUGACGAGAGUGAUGGUGGCGAUCGACGAAUGAUUGAUAACGACACAACCGAUACACGUCCGACACUCCGGUUCUCUGCUGAACGAACCCGCCGAGGCUCCGAACCCGCGUCGCUCGGCCGAACGGAGCCGAUGGAGACGCGAGGCUGAAACACGGUCAACUUCGCUAGCAGCGGUAGCUAGCUGGCUAGCUAGCUUAGCUUAGCCAACCGGAGCGAGCACCGCUGGCCGACGUUAGCCAACCACCACCCGCACCCGCCCCACAACAACAGAGGCAGGAGAGCGGCCACCAGCCGCGUCACAGCCCGGGACAUCGAGGUGUCUUCGGGGCGAUGGAAGGGGAAGAGUUCGUGGCUCCUCCGGAGUGUCCCGUGUUCGAGCCGUCAUGGGAGGAGUUUCAGGAUCCGCUGGGCUACAUCGCCAAGAUUCGGCCAAUCGCAGAGAAGUCUGGAAUCUGCAAAAUUCGACCUCCACAGGACUGGCAACCGCCAUUCUCCGUGGAGCUCGACACCUUCCGCUUCACCCCGCGCAUCCAAAGGCUCAAUGAGUUGGAGGCGGAGACCAGAGUGAAGCUGAAUUAUUUGGACCGCAUCGCCAGGUUUUGGGAGAUCCAGGCGUCCUCGUUGAAAAUCCCACACAUCGAGAGACGCAUCCUCGAUCUCUUCGGCCUGUCAAGGAUUGUGACGGAUGAAGGAGGGUUUGAGAUGGUGUGUAAGGAGCGGCGCUGGGCUCGCGUGGCCCAGAGGCUCGGCUACCCGCCGGGCAAGAACAUCGGUUCUCUGCUGCGCUCACACUACGAAAGGAUCGUCUACCCGUUUGAAAUGUUCCAGUCGGGCACCAGCCUGCCGCAUUGCAAGCCGAAGCACUACGACGGUGAGGAUGUGGAUAAAGAAUACAAGCCCCACUCCAUCCCCCUGCGACAGUCUGUGCAGCCGUCCAAGAUCAGCACCUACGGUCGCCGAGCGAAGCGAUGUCAGCCUGACGGUCCAGAGGAUCUGACCCCUCAUCCUCUCUCCACUGGUUCUCCACUCAUCUCUGCGCCUGAACCGACAGAGGAAGACAUCGAGAAGAACCCAGAGUUGAAGAAGCUGCAGAUCUACGGCGCAGGGCCCAAGAUGAUGGGGCUCGGUCUGGUCGCCAGGUAUAAAGGCAUGAGGAAGAAAGACGAGCUGCCUCAGACUGUUACCAUCAAAGAGGACGUGUCGGCGGCGCCCACUGACGCCUCAGUCAAAGCUGAGCCGCCGGAGCCUCAGGAGAAGCUGAGCGAAGGGGAAACAUCCAGUCCGCCGCCGGCACCAGCCAGCAUCACCGUCAAAACAGAGGUGAAGAAAGAAGAACCAGAGAAUGGCAAAGGCACUGAGGAGGAGGAAAAUGAUGCAGAUAAACCUUGCACCAAGAUGACCAUGAGGCUCCGACGCAACCUCAACAACCCGCAGUGUGUGGAUUCCUUUGUGUGUCGGAUGUGUGGUCGCGGAGACGACGAUGAGAAACUGCUGCUGUGUGACGGCUGUGAUGAUAACUACCACAUCUACUGUCUCCUGCCCCCACUCACCGACGCCCCCAAAGGCAACUGGCGAUGUCCCAAGUGUGUGGCAGAGGAAUGCAAGAAGCCGGCAGAAGCGUUUGGCUUUGAACAAGCGACACGCGAGUACACUCUGCAGAGCUUUGGGGAAAUGGCCGACGCCUUCAAAGCAGAUUACUUCAACAUGCCGGUCCAUAUGGUUCCCACUGAGUUGGUGGAGAGGGAGUUCUGGAGGCUGGUCGGCAGCAUCGAGGAAGACGUGACCGUUGAGUACGGAGCCGACAUACACUCCAAAGAGUUUGGCAGUGGUUUCCCGAUGAACAACGGUCAGAGGAAGCUCACAAAGGAAGAGGAGGAAUAUGCUCGCAGUGGCUGGAACCUGAAUGUGAUGCCGGUGCUGGAACAGUCGCUCCUGUGCCACAUCAACGGAGACAUCUCCGGUAUGAAGGUGCCGUGGCUGUACGUCGGCAUGGUGUUCUCCGCCUUCUGCUGGCACAUCGAGGAUCACUGGAGCUACUCCAUCAACUACCUGCACUGGGGAGAACCCAAGACGUGGUACGGAGUUCCCUCUGUGGCCGCGGAACGACUGGAGGAGGUGAUGAAGAAGCUGACGCCAGAGCUGUUUGAGUUCCAGCCCGACCUGCUGCACCAACUCGUCACCAUCAUGAACCCCAACAUCCUCAUGUCUCACGGUGUCCCGGUCGUGCGCACCAACCAGUGCGCUGGUGAGUUCGUCAUAACCUUCCCCAGAGCCUAUCACAGCGGCUUCAACCAGGGUUACAACUUUGCAGAAGCGGUGAACUUCUGCACUGCGGACUGGCUUCCUGCUGGCCGCUCCUGUAUCGAGCACUACCGACGCCUCCGGAGAUAUUGUGUCUUCUCCCACGAGGAGCUCACCUGUAAAAUGGCCGCCAGCCCCGAGAAACUGGAUCUGAACCUGGCUGCGGCUACGCACCGGGAGAUGUUCAUCAUCGUUCAGGAGGAGAGGAAGCUUCGGAAGGGUCUGAUGGAGAGGGGCAUCACAGAGGCUGAGCGUGAGGCAUUCGAGCUGCUGCCUGACGACGAGAGACAAUGUGAUAAAUGCAAGACCACGUGUUUCCUCUCGGCUCUGGCCUGUUCCAAGUGCCCCGAGCGCCUGGUGUGUCUCUACCACACUCAGGAUCUGUGCAACUGCCCCACGGAAAAACUCUACCUCAGGUACAGAUACACCCUGGAUGAGUUGUUGGCCAUGCUGCACCGAUUGAAGGUCCGAUCGGAGUCUUUUGAUUCGUGGGCCAACAGAGUGAAAGAAGCUCUGGAGCAAGAAGAGGGAAACAAGAUAGGUAUUGAUGACCUGGAGACGCUGAAGACCGAAGCGGCAGAAAAGAAGUUUCCAGACAACGAACUUCUCCGGAAACUCAACAAAGUUCUUAAAGACAUCGAGCGCUGCCGGCAGACGAGUGGCGAGCUCCUCGAUGACUCAACGACACGGGAGAAUAAGAUGAGUCUGGCCGAGCUGAAGUCUUUGGUGGAGACGAUGAACAAUCUGCCCUGUGUGAUGAUGAAGCUGGAGGAAGUGCAGGCGGUUCUUCAGACGGUGGAGGAUUUCCAGCGCCAGGCUCAGGCCCUGGUCAGUGACCGGGACUGGAGGAGGGACUCUCCGCCGCCCGAGCAGCUGCAGACGCUGUUGGACGAGGGCGGCAAGCUGCCCGUCGUGGUGCCGGAGUGCGAUUCUCUCCGAGGCCUGAAGGAGCAGGGCCACUGGCUGGCAGAGGUGAGGUGCACCCUGGGCACGGAGGGAGGCGGCCGGCAGGAGGUGACGCUGGACGUGCUGAGGAACCUGAUGCAAGCGGGCUGCAACGUGCCCCAGAGCGUCUCCGUGGAAACUGCCAUGGCGGAGCUUCAGGAGCUGCUCACCAUCGCAGAGCGUUGGGAGGAGAAGGCUCAGAUCUGCCUAGAGCAGAGGCAGAAACACCCUCUCUCCACCCUGGAGGCGAUAGUGAACGAGGCCCAGCUCAUCCCCGUCAAGCUUCCCAACAUCCUGGCUCUGCAGUGCUGCCUCACACGAGCACGGGCCUGGGUCACGGACCUGGAGGAAAUCCAGAACGGGGAGCACUACCCGUGUCUGGACGACCUGGAGGGGUUGGUGGCCAUCGGGAGGGACCUGCCCGUCUUCAUGGAGGAGCUGAGGCAGCUGGAGCUGCAGGUGGCCAGCGCCCACUCCUGGAGGGACAAGGCCACCAAGACCUUCCUGAAGAAGAGCAGCCAGCACAGUCUGCUGGAGGUCUUAUGUCCGUGUGCAAAGAGGCGAGAGCGUCGAGACGGGACAGAGGCGUUGGACGAUUUAUUAGAAGACUCUGACACCAACACUCUGGGCCUCUCGGCUCAGGACCUGAGGGAUCCGGCAGCCAUCGUGGUGGCGUUCAAGGAAGGCGAGCACCAGGAGAAGGAGGCGCUGCUGAGGCUACAAAAAUCCAACAUGUGUAAAUCUGGACUUCGCGCCGCGGGUCACAAGGAGAACAAGGAGAACGGGAGGUGGGACGACCGCAUGGAGACAGACUCGUCCGGCCGCUCAGAGAACUCUGUGAAGGAGAAUGGCGGCGGCUCCUCUGCUCAGUCGGUGUGUGUGUGCGCCGCGCCGCCUCGCGCCCCGCAGCUCCGCUGCCACCUCUGUAAGGACUGGUUCCACGGUGGCUGCGUUCCAUUCCCCUCCCUGCUCCCCGCCUCUGGAGCGCCGACUAACCCACUCUGCUGGUGGGACUGGGACUCACGCUUCUUGUGUCCGCGGUGCCAGCGGUCGCGGCGUCCGCGCCUGGAGACCAUCCUGGCGCUGCUCGUGGCCCUGCAGAGGCUGCCGGUGCGUCUGCCAGAGGGCGAGGCCCUGCAGUGCCUCACAGAACGGGCCAUCACCUGGCAGGGCCGAGCCAAAGAGGCGCUGGAGACGCCCGAGCUGCAGCGGGCGCUUCAGACGCUACAGGAACUCAAAGAGACACUCCGUCGUGACGCGGCAGAGAAACGGGAAGAGGGAGUGGGAAAGGAGACGGAGAGGAGCUCCGUCAUCGUUCUGUCCGACUCGGAGGGUGGAGAAGGAGAAGACGGAGUCAUCGACCUGACGGACGAUAACUCACCCAAGAAGAAAACCAAGGAAACUAACGGCACUCAGGCUGGAUGUGAAAACGGCGUCAGCAGAAAGGGGAAUGUUACAGGUGUGAGCUCUCUGCUGCCCCUGCUGCCGGUUCUGAAGGGGCAGGUGGUGGAUCUGUCCCAGGAGACCUGGGUCCAGCUGGAGCAGCUGCAGCUGGAGGGAGAUCUGCUGGAAGUGUCUCUGGACCAGACGCACGUCAUCCACCGGGUUCUCCAGGCGUUCUCCCUCCCACCCAGAGAAACUCUGCACACACUCAUUCAGAUCGAGCUGGAGGAGCAGAGACGAAGCAGCCGAAGCCGAGUCAAGGACUCGAAACGGAAGAGGAAGGGUCACAGGGGUGGCGGGGGGGAGGGGGCAGGUGAAAGGUCACUGGACGCCUCAGAGUCAAAGAAAACCUGCCCCCUCAGCCACAGCCCCUCCCCCCACCAACCUGCCCACACCCACCCAGAGAUUUUGUGAUGCAGUCGACGCCGGAGCUCUGUGUGUAACCCGAUUGGUUGGAGGAGCAGAAGGGGCGGAGCUUUCUGUGCCAGAAAACAGUGUCAACCUAUAGAAAAAUGCAGGACAUCCCCCCCCUCCCCCCACACCCCUCUCAUCCAUCACAGAGCGACGACGAAUCUUCUUCUACACUCCUUCGUCUUCAUCCAUGACUCAGACGCCUCUCUUUGUUCCGACCCAGACCUCCUCGUCCUCCUCGUCCUCCUCCUCCUCGUCCUCCUCGUCCUCGUCCUCCUCGUCGUCCUCCUCCUCCUCCUCAUCCUCCUCCUCCCUGUGAACAUGUUGAGACUGUCGGGCCGAUGUGGGUCAGAACGUAGGUCUAGACUUUGUCUCGGAGGUCGGUCAGUGUGCUCACGUUAUCCCACUUGUAUUAAGAGUCUGUUGGAUAAGCUACGUUACUUCAGACGUAAUGUUCCGAUUGUCUUGUUCAGACGGUGGCGUUCCGACGCGGAGGUCCAGCAGCUGAUCGUAGAACAGCGCCGUGGUUACACUUGUAUUUUUUUAGUUGUAUUGAAUCUCCUGUGUUUGAUGCCGUUUCCAGGGGAUAUGCAUUUUUUGGAAUAAUCUGAGUAAAUUUUGGGGAAGUGUUAUAAACAGGCAUUAAUGUUUUUGGUGCUACUUUCCCAAAAUGGAUACCUGUACCUCUCGGUUCUCUCACCUCCUCUUUCCUCCACCUUUUAUUUUUUAAGCUCUUUUCCUUUUGACUCCGUCUGUUCUUCUUCUCCUCCCUCAUUCUCUCUCUUUUCAGAUUAAGGUAACUUCACUGUAACUCACUUUGUCACAGAUUAUUUUGUUUUCUGGGUUCAAAUUAUUAUUAUUAUUAUUAAUAUUAUUAUUGAUAUUGCAGACACACAGUUGUCGUGAGUUUGUGUAUAAACUUUUCAUUUUAAUGUUGCCUUUGUUUCUUUUCACUCUUGUUAGAAAAAUAAAGGUUUAGAAUUGUU